AUGACUUUGAGCGGACAAAAGGAAUUCCCAACUCGAUCUCGGCCUCAGGCAGAAGAAGCAGCAAAGGAAUCCUUAACCAAGCGUUCAUCUAUCGUUAAUAAGCUCACAGACGAUCUCAUCGCCGCAACCAAAACUAGGCUUGAGCAGGAACUCCAAGGCGAUGGUUAUCGGGAUCUCAUGGACGCAUUUGAUCCUGGCAAGCCAGUGGAUCAGCUAUGUGAUCAUCCCGAACCCCUGCGCAACGGGUAUCUCGGAUCGCACUUUAUCGAGGGCAGGGAGUGGACCGAAUUCAAACAAUGUGUUCAGGACUACGUGCAUACAGACGCCAGAUCCGGCCAUGCGAAAGGCUUUUUGGAUGCAUCGAUGCAGUCUGCAAUAUUAGAGAAGAAGAUCGAGGAACAGGAGGUGGAGGCGCAACGGAAUGAUGACGCAAUUGAGAAGGGCGCAAAAGCCCUCUUUGAUCUUGACAAAGAAAGGCAGGAGACCGUGACAAGAGCGGAAUUGCGGCAAUUCCAGGCCGCGUGCGCUGGCACGAUCAUGCUGCAGAAGAAGGUCGUGAAGCGACGGAAACGCAAGAGUUCCGACGUAAAACCAGCGCCCAUGUCUCCAGAAUACCCAGGAUGGAGGGAGUCGCAUUGUAACUAG